AUGGAUGACCAGUCCCCCCCCAGGAAAGGGUGCUGCUCCCUCCGCUGCGGGCUGGCGCUGCUCCUGCACUUCUGCAACGUCUCUAUGAUGUCACAGCGAGCGUGUCUGAGCCUCACCAUGGUCGCCAUGGUGAACGCCACGGAUGCACAGGGGCUGCCCAACGCCUCCACCCAGGAGCCCCCGGGUGACCUCAGGAACCCCGUGUACAACUGGAGCCCCAAAAUCCAGGGGCUCAUCCUAAGCUCCAUCACCUACGGGAUGCUCGUCGCCCAAGUCCCUGUCGGGUACCUGUCCGGCAUCUACCCCAUAAAGAACAUGGUUGGCUCCGGGCUGCUGCUCAGCUCCCUGCUCAGCCUGCUCCUGCCGCUGGCGGCCGGCGCGGGGGCGUCUCUGGUCCUCGCCUGCCGCGUGGCCCAGGGGCUCAGCCAGGGCACAGUGCUGGUGGCACAGCACACGGUCUGGACCAGGUGGGCCCCUCCCGCGGAACGAGGCCGACUCACCUCCAUGAGCCUGUCAGGGCUGAUGCUGGGGCCCUCCGUGGCCCUGUUCGCGACGGGGCACAUCUGCCAGGCCCUGGGCUGGCCCGUGGUCUUCUACAUUUUCGGGGCUUGCGGCUGCGCCCUGAGCCUUUCCUGGUUCGUUCUGUUUUAUGACGACCCGAAGGACCACCCGUGCAUCAGCCUCGGGGAGAAGGAGCUCAUCACGGCCUCGCUCCCCGAGCAGGUCGGCUCGGGGGGGAAAUCGGUGCCCAUCAAGGCCGUGCUCACGUCCCUGCCCGUCUGGGCCAUCUCCCUCAGCUGCUUCGCUUAUUCCUGGACGAAUCACAUCAUGUUUCUGUACCUGCCAACGUUCAUCAGCUACAGGCUUCGGGUGGACGUGCGAGAGAACGGGCUGCUGUCUGCCCUCCCCCAUCUCUGUUCCUGGCUCCUCAGCAUCCUUGCGGGGCACGCGGCCGACGGCCUCCUGGCCCGGAAGAGGCUCAGCUUAAUCGCCAUCCGGAAGCUGUUCACCACGCUGGGCCUCCUCCUGCCCGCCCUGCUGGUCAUGGGCCUGCUCUACCUGGGCUCCGGCUUCCGCGGCACCCUCUCUCUCCUGACGCUCACGAGCGCCACGCUCGGCUUCUGCACGGCAGGGAUGAUGAUCAAUCCCCUGGACAUCGCUCCCAGAUAUUACGGAUUUCUUAAAGGACUCACCAUUCUGAUCGGAAUGACGGGGGGACUGACCUCUUCCACGCUGGCUGGGAUAAUCCUCAACCAGGAUCCAGUGUCUUCCUGGUUUAAAAUCUUCUUCCUGAUGGCAGCUAUUAACGUGACAAGCUUAGUGUUCUACCUUAUAUUUGCUAAAGCAGAAAUCCAGGACUGGGCUACAGAAAAACAGCACACCCGCCUCUGA